UCCUCGUGCACUUCCUUUCCCUUGCGCUACUAUCCUUGGAUCCUCAAGGAUGGUAUAUAUCCAACCGAACUUGAGAAGUCCCUCCUCGGUGCAGAUGUUAACCGCAUUGUCAAUCACCUGUCUUUUGGUUGGUAUGAGUCUUUGUUCCAGUCAUACAUGGCGAAAAAGCCGGUCAAAGUUGUGUCGUCCAUGGGCGAACAAUCGAAGAGCUUUUCCUUGAACCAUCUUGUGGAUACAUCAUUCGCAGGAUCGGCCAUGCGUACGACAGAAGGGGUUUGGAUGUCAGUAACUCCGACUAAAGAUGCUCUUAUUGUUGCUUUGGAUUUUGAAGGUGUUCAUAGUAUUGAGCGUUCUGCUCAAGAAGAUACAUUGCUCGUGCUAUUCAAUACUGCGAUCUCUAACUUGGUGCUAUUCCGGAACAACUUCGCCCUGAGCCGAGACAUCACAGGCUUAUUCCAGUCGUUCCAAUCAAGCUCGACCGUCCUUGACCCAGCAUCUAGUAACCUGAGUCUAUUUCAAUCAACGUUGGUGAUACAGUUUCUCCUCGCUCAAGGUUGAUCAGUUGCAGCUCUUAAGCGAGACAUACAAGAUGUACAAAGGUGUGCGGAUGCGCAGCAAAGGGUCAAUCGAGUGGAGAUGGUAGCCAGCUUAGGAUCCUAUGUUGCAUGGUGCAGACUUAUCACUAGUACAAUGCAGCAAUGCAGACUAUGAUAUUAAUUGAAUACACUUAGCAAGUGCAUGUUCCCAAAGAGACCUGCGAGUAACAUUUUGCCCAUCGUCUGGAAAUUGCCAAAGGUAGGCAUGCAACUGCUCAAGUUGGGCAGGGGAGAGGGGGCAGUUGGGUUCAUCCACGUUCACUUC